GAGUCCUAGUGCUGGUUCUUGGGGCGUUGAGUUAGUUAGCUGCGGGUCUUAUUGGGGGCCACUCGACACCUUGUUUGCAAGACGGCCUUGACCUCCACUUCUCCUCACCUUGGCUUUUUCCACCUCAGGGUCUGACUCCGCCGCGAAGCUCUGCUUUGGACCUAAAGCGGUUAUUACAAUGGAAGGAACAAAUAAUUUCAAGACGCCAAACAAAUUAUCUGAAAAAAAGAAAUCUGUAUUUUGCUCAACUCCAUGUAUAGAAAUUCCUGCCUCUCCAUUCAUGCAGAAGCUUGGCUUUGGUACUGGGGUAAAUGUUUACCUUAUGAAAAGAUCACCAAGAGGUUUGACUCAUUCUCCUUGGGCUGUGAAAAAGAUCAAUUCUAGAUGUAAUGAUCAUUAUCAAAGUAUGUAUGAAAAGAGACUAACUGAUGAAGCUAAAAUUUUGAAAAGCCUUAACCAUCCAAACAUUAUAGGUUAUCGUGGUUUUACUGAAGCCAGUGAUGGUAGCCUGUGUCUUGCUAUGGAAUAUGGAGGUGAAAAAUCUCUAAAUGAUUUAAUAGAAGAACGAAAUAAAGACAGCCGGGGUCCUUUCCCAGCAGCCAUGAUUUUAAAAGUUGCUUUGAAUAUGGCAAGAGGGUUAAAGUAUCUGCACCAAGAAAAGAAACUGCUUCAUGGAGACAUAAAGUCUUCAAAUGUUGUAAUUAAAGGUGAUUUUGAAACAGUUAAAAUCUGUGAUGUAGGAGUCUCUCUACCAUUGGAUGAAAAUAUGACUGUGACUGAUCCUGAGGCCUGUUAUAUUGGCACUGAGCCAUGGAAACCCAAGGAGGCUUUAGAGGAAAAUGGUGUUAUUACUGACAAAGCAGACGUAUUUGCCUUUGGACUUACUCUCUGGGAAAUGAUGACUUUAUCUAUUCCACACAUUAAUCUUCCAGAUGAUGAUGAUGAAGAUGAAACUUUUGAUGAAAGUGACUUUGAUGAUGAAGCAUACUAUGCAGCUUUGGGAACUAGGCCACCUAUUAAUAUGGAAGAACUGGAUAAAUCGUACCAGAAAGUGAUUGAACUCUUCUCUGUCUGCACAAAUGAAGAUCCUAAAGAUCGUCCUUCUGCUGUACACAUUGUUGAAGCUUUAGAAAUGGAUGUACAGUGACCACCUCAGAUUCGUUACUACUUCAGCAUGAAGUAUGGCUCAUAUAUACAAUUACUCUGUUUACUGUAAUACCUUUAUAUACUUACCAUGAUAAUUUGUAAUUAGACUCUUUGGAAGUUGCCUAUUUUAAGACCAUAGCACCUUGUUAAUAUUGUAAUAACCAUUUCUAAUAUUAGGGUAUUUCUUGUAUGCUUAUGAUAAGCAUUUGGGAUUGUAGUGUGUUUUCUACUCAAGUACUUGAGAUUGUUCAUACAGAUUUAAAACACUAGCAAUAAAAUGCUUAAGCUCUAUACCUAACAUUAAUUCAGAUUGAGUGACCAUUACUUUCAUUAAUGAUCUUUCUCAUUCUCUAUUUUAAUAGAUUAUUGAAAUGAGCAGAUUGUGCAGUACAAAAUAAGUCUACAUUUGCUUCUAUUUUAAACAUUAAGCCUUUUAUUGACAUUUCUUGGCCGGUGUGCUUAUUAAAUAUGAUAACUGGAAUCUAAGAGAAUAUGGUUCAAAAGAGUAGCUCCCUGGGUAUUUCUAGAUUUUUUAUUUUUUAUUUUUUUUAUUUUUUGAGUAAGAGUCAUUAUAGCUUGCCUUGUUUUUAUGGAUCUCCCCAGAUCUUUUGUUUUUGCUUUAAUUUAUUAGAUGUAUUUUCUGCAUUGAAAUUGCUUUUUUUUACUUUUUAUUUACUUGAUUGAAUGUUAAACAUUUCACAGUUCUGGUAUAAAAAUAAUGAAACCCAAAUGAGACUAUUAGAGA